AUGAAGUUCUAUCUCGAAGGAUACGUGCAACUGAAAAUCAGCCUGUACGAAAACCUCUUGACAGGCGAUUUCCGUGUGACCAAUGUCAGUCGAACACCGUGCAAACCUCCGAGACGAAAAAAGAGGAAGCAUUCAUUGCAUUCCGCAAACGACUCAGCGACCGAUACACAGGGUCCACUCAAUGCUGUUGGUGGACAUACCAUCGGUCAACGCAGUAUCCGGCAGCAGCGAGAGGUAGCCUAUAAGCUGUCACAUCCAAAUCGAUUACAUCCCGAUAUUUGGCACAAUGAACCGCAGGAAUUCAACGAUGGUCCGGCUUGCUUAUGCCAAUCGAAAUAUCGUAUCGGUCCACCGCACAAUCAAUACGAGGGUGAGGAGCUCGUUCCCGCUUGUUCACCGGAAUCAAAUAAUCGUACUCGUCUCUAUCACUAUCGUGUCAUGGUUUCACCAACGACUAAUUUCGUUCAACCCGUACCGACUAAGAUCAACUGCGAGGGAAAAGACUAUGUGUUCGAUGGCUUUUCCAUCUUUCUGCAUUACAAACUGGACAACGUGCCUUCUUGCCAAAUUCUUCGGUUUAACUUGCUGUACGAUAUUUUCCCAGUCGAAGAGGAUUUUCCCGAGUUUUUCACAGUCCGUGCCUUAGACCUCCUGACCCAAUAUUUGUUUGUGGAACUGCUUGAAUUGCUUGAUCUUUGUUGGCGACCGGUUGGAGUAACGGAGGGUUGUCCUGUCGUGCAUCUGAUGCCACGAUUUGUUCACGUUCGAGCACCUUCGCCCGCGUUAACCUUGCCCAGUGAUCAACAUUCGGAUGAGCCGCCCUGCUCCACAGUGAGCACAGAAUUGGUGGCUGAAAUACUUCCGAUUAAUGCGGUGUUAGACUAUUUGCUUCGAGAAGCUCUCACCCCGGUCAUUGAUGUGAUGCAGUUGUCUUCCAUUCAAAGAUACAGCAAUGCCCAGUGGUCCAAGUGUAUUGCUGAUCUGCGUGGAACAUUAGCCACAUUUCCUGGAAAAAAACCGGCCGCCAUUCGUAUAGAUCAACUGGAUCGUCGUUCGCUGGCUGGGGAACCGUCGGACUGUGUGCUCAUCUAUCCCUUGAUUGUACACAUGACCUAUACCCCAAUGAAACUUAGUCUAACCCGCGAGCCCAAAUACAAAUCGGUUUUAAAGAAUUUUAUGAAAUUGCAAUAUUUGAUGAUGAACAAACCGAAAAUCAGUCCAACUGAUCGGGCCCAGGUUCAUCGACGCGAGAUCACAGUGGAAUUGAGUUCGGAAGGGUUCUAUCGGACUGGGAUCCGACCAGAUGUUAGUCAACAUGCUCUCAAUUUGGUCUCACUAAUCUCGCAUUUACGGUUUCACAAAUCUCUGGAGAGUCUUGAACAGCGCUUGGGAUACACGUUCAAAGACAAGUCAUUGCUUCAUCAAGCACUCACUCAUCCGUCUUAUCGACGCACUAAUUUCGGGACGAAUCAAGAUCAUUUUCAAAACUCGUUGGUCAGCUGCGGUCCACGUAUUCUCGAAUACGGAGACAAACUUCAAUUGUAUAAAGCGUGGCGGAAAAAGGGUCUCACUAAAAUGAUCCAGGUCAUGUCUGUAUUACCGAAAAUGCACGAGGAACGGUCCAACAUUUACGGGAACGAGCGCCUGGAGUUCCUAGGCGAUGCAGUAAUUGAAGUGAUAUCCAGUGUGGACUUUUGUUACGACUCCACUUUCAUCUAUGCUCGCUCAGAUGCAUUCGAGGCCCUGAUGGCUGCUAUCGCAUUGGAUGCCGGAUUGGAUGUGGUAGAUCGAAUUUUCGGCGCAGUGCUCUUCGGAGAUGAGGCUGAAAUUCAUCGAGUCUGGGUGAAAAUCCCUCCACAUCCGUUGCAAGCACAAUACCCGGACGGAGAUCGAAAUUGGGCCACCAAAGUGCCCAUGCUUAAGAAAUUGCCCAUAUUGGAAGAGGAUCUCGGGAUCACGUUCAAACACCUCCGGGUUUUGGCUCGUGCAAUGACUAUUCGCAAGACCGGAUUCAAUUUCUACACAUUGUAG